AUGGCAGCUAGCCACAGUCUACAUCAAUGGUCCAUAGCGAUCACGGCCUCAGUCACGGUACUGGCCUUCGUGACUGUUUGUCUUCGACUACUCGCUCGUUAUGAACGGAUGCAAAAGUUAUGGUGGGAUGACUAUGCGAUCAUCUUUUCUAUGCUUUGGAACUUCAUGGUUGUCGGCUUUAUCUUCGCCAUGAUCAAAACAGGAAUGGGUGAACAUGCAGAUACUCUUCCACCAGAAAACGUAGUUCUGAUUGCAAAGUACCUUGUCGUAGCCGAGGUUUUAUACGUUUUCAACCUCGUCUGGACCAAAAUCAGCAUUCUGCUCAUGUACUACCGCAUCUUCCACUUCCGGUACUUCAAGAUAUUCGCAUACAUCAUCGGAAUCUUCGUCAUCCUCUGGGUUAUAUGCAUCACCUUCCUCUUCAUUUUUAUCUGUGUCCCCGUCCAAAAGCUGUGGUCUCCUGACCUCCCAGGCCAUUGUAUCAACCAAGUUAGCACAUGGAUCGCGAACGCCAUUUCAACAAUCGCAACUGAUCUCGCUAUUUUGCUACUACCUCUUCCACAAGUAUGGAAGCUCCAGCUUCGACUUUCAGAAAAGCUUGCUGUUUCAUUCGCUUUCAGCUUGGGAUUCUUUGUCGUCUUUGCCUCCGCGUACCGCUUCUCUGUGCUCUUCAGCUACAACUCUGCCGAUUCGUCUUACACUCUCGCUCCAGUAGUAAGCUGGACCGCUAUCGAAAUGUCAGCCGGAAUCGUGUCGGCCAACCUUCCCACCAUCCGCCCUGCUAUCCGAUUUGGAGCACGCCUGCUAGGCCUUGAUGGAAUAUUUGGGUCUCUACUCAGAAGUUCAGGUGAAACAAAUGGUCCUCUCUCAAAGAAUGCCGCCACCAGGCCAUCAGCAACCUUGAAGAGCACUACGACAAUCAUCAACACUGUGGAGUCAGGGCGACAUUCCUUCUAUCAGUUAUCUGAUGAUUCUGAAUCUGGAGGAGGAGAGACACUAAGGGAUACAUCCUUCAGACCGGAUGGUGAUUAUUCAAAAACAUACACCAAGGUUGUUGGCCCCAGGGCAUCUAAUAAUAGGGGUGUGGAAGAUAUCCAAUUAACUGGCAUCCGGGUGGAUAGAGACUUCACGCAAACUACUCAUAAUUAG